UGACACUUUGGUCAGAGAAGAAGCAAAUCUCUCAGUCAGAGGUUCGUCAGUCGCUGUUUGUCGUCGGAGAAAAUUUCGUAGGUCCAUCAACCAGUCAGCCCUGUUAGCAAGUGUUUAGUGGUUCCAGGAAACAUAAUUCGACUUGAAAAUGCCCGGCUUCAUGUUCAACAUUGAUGGUGGCUAUCUGGAGGGCCUGUGUCGCGGAUUCAAGUGCGGAAUCCUGAAGCAGUCGGAUUACCUGAAUCUGGUCCAGUGCGAGACUCUUGAAGAUUUAAAGCUGCAUCUGCAGGGCACCGACUACGGUCAAUUUUUGGCCAACGAACCGUCGCCGCUGGCAGUUUCUGUGAUCGACGACAAACUGCGCGAGAAACUGGUGAUUGAGUUUCAGCAUAUGCGCAACCACGCCGUUGAACCGUUGUCCACUUUUCUGGACUUCAUCACUUACAGCUACAUGAUUGAUAACAUCAUUCUGCUGAUUACUGGCACGUUACAUCAACGUCCUAUUUCGGAACUGAUCCCGAAGUGUCAUCCGCUCGGUAGCUUCGAGCAGAUGGAAGCUAUCCACGUAGCCGCAACUCCGGCCGAGUUGUACAACGCCGUGCUGGUCGAUACACCGUUGGCCCCCUUCUUCGUCGAUUGCAUUUCCGAGCAGGAUCUGGAUGAGAUGAACAUCGAGAUCAUCCGUAACACCCUGUACAAGGCUUAUCUGGAGGCGUUUUACGAUUUCUGCAAGAAUAUCGGUGGAACGACGGCUGAUGUCAUGUGCGAAAUUUUGGCGUUCGAAGCCGAUCGUCGUGCUAUCAUCAUCACGAUCAAUUCCUUCGGAACGGAACUGUCGAAGGACGAUCGGGCCAAGCUGUAUCCGCGUUGCGGUCGAAUGAACCCGGACGGUCUGGCCGCACUGGCCCGUGCCGAUGAUUACGAGCAGGUCAAAGCCGUAGCCGAGUACUACGCUGAAUAUGCUGCGCUGUUCGACGGAUCCGGAAACAAUCCGGGCGACAAAACGCUGGAGGAUAAAUUCUAUGAGCACGACGUUAAGUUGAACGUGUAUGCUUUCAUGCAGCAAUUCCAUUUCGGGGUGUUCUAUUCGUAUCUGAAGCUUAAGGAACAGGAGUGUCGCAAUAUUGUUUGGAUUUCCGAAUGUGUCGCUCAGAAGCAUCGCGCCAAGAUCGAUAAUUAUAUUCCGAUAUUUUAAACGCGUCCCACAGUAGUGGCAUCCUAAUACAUAGGUGAAAAAUAAAGUUUAAGACAUUCCUCCAUCUGAUCGUUGAUUGUCCGGCGGUGAAAUGCCGCUUAAAGUAUUACAUGUAUUUUCUUUUGCUGAAAAUGGCAGCAGAUAACAAAUAUGAUCAAUGCAGAAAAUACAGUAAUGUAUAUGUCAUAACAUUUAUGUUGCUGAGUGUUUGGAGUUCUAAUUGCUAUACCACCUCGAGCAAAUGCCGUUUCUGUUAUUAAUGUUAUAUAUUUUAUUGCAAUAAAGGUACAAAUUCGUUUGUGCCUAGCCGGCAAAUUUGUUUAUAUUUUACUUCUUUUUGAGAAACUAUCAAUAACAUAAAUGCUAUAUGUAGAAUGCUGACUAAUAAAAUGUAGAUACCCAUAAAAA